AUGCCUUCCUCAACCAACACGCAGCAGCCCCGUGUCAUCCUUGGCCUCAUGACAUUCGGCCCAGACGUGAAUGCAGGCGCUCGAAUUACAACCCUAGACGAAUUUCGCCAGUGCCUUGAUCAUUUCCAGGCCGAGGGCUACAACGAAGUAGAUACUGCCCGAGUGUAUGUGAAAGGAAAGCAGGAGGAAUUCACCGCAGCAGCUGGGUGGAAAGAGAGAGGUUUGACGAUCGCUACCAAAGUUUAUCCAUCAGAGCCCGGAUUUCACAAGCGUGACAGUCUCCGCCAAAAGCUUUCCGAGUCGCUGGCCGCAUUGCAGACCGACAGCGUCGAUAUCUUCUACCUGCAUGCGGCGGAUCGAUCUGUCCCUUUCGCUGAAACUCUCGAGGCGGUUAACGAGAUGCACAAGGAGGGCAAGUUUCGCCGUCUGGGACUGAGUAACUAUACUGCAUUCGAAGUCGCCGAGAUUGUGACAUUGUGCACUGAGCGUGGAUGGGUGCGCCCAAAGAUAUACCAGGCUAUGUAUAACGCGAUAACGCGAUCUAUCGAGGCUGAGUUGAUCCCUUGCUGUCGGCGAUACGGAAUGGACAUUGUGAUCUACAAUCCUCUCGCUGGCGGUAUCUUCUCUGGAAAGUAUCAGUCUGCAGCAGUUGUUCCGGAAGACGGCCGUUACAGUAACAAAAAUACAACAGGAGCCACGUAUCGGAAGCGGUAUCUAAACGACGUCGUUCUUGAUGCUCUGAAGGUUAUUCAGGUUACCGCGGAGGCAAACAAUUUGUCGCUCGUGGAGGUUGCGUUCCGAUGGCUGCUGCAUCACUCGCAAUUGAAGCUGGGGGCGGCUGGAAAUGAUGGGCUGUUGAUAGGGGUGAGCAGUUACGACCAACUCAAGUCCAACUUGGAAUUGGUUAAACAAGGGCCACUGCCUGAUGAUGUUAUUCAGGCGCUCGAUGCGGCUUGGAUGGGCGUCAAGCCGGUUGCGGCAAACUAUUGGCAUCUCGACCUUGCCUACACCUACGACACUGAAGCAGCCCUAUUUGCUAAGGACCCUUGA